UGUGUAUAUUUCUGUCAAACGUCAGGGAAAAUCAGCAUUCAGUGUCAGUUGGGAAUUGUCAAUGGAAAAUUGACAGUGUCACCCGAUUUUCCGGGAAAAUCGCUGGAUAAUCGGCUGUGCCGAGGACCUGAGGACCUUGAAGUGAGGACUGGGUGAAGGGAAAGUGACAUUUUAAUGAGGGAAAACGAUAAUUUUGUAGCUCCUAUUGAUCUCAAUACCGAGUAUUUGUGGAAAAGGGAAAUAAUGCUCGAUCAUUGGCUGUGAAAAUCAGCUGCGUAUUUUUCUUGGGUAAUCGGGGAAAAACGAGACGGGGAACGGAUGAGGGGACACAUGGCCUUUGAUUAGAAGGCUUACUCUGGUUCCACAAGGACAAUUGUUAUUAUCGACUUUGAAUCAGGCAUCAAUGGCGCUUCGUAUGAUGUCAGCAAUGGUCCCCAGCCCCUCGGACCUCCCCCCCGAGGCGAAUCACCCAGCUGAUCGAGAGAAGCUCCAGGAAGAGCUCCUCGGGGCAGCUAAAUCCUGUCACGUGAGGUUCGGAGGUCGAAUGGAGCUGGCGACUGAGUCAGACCAGUGUGUCUCCAGACUCUGCCACUCCUUCGAGGCGAUAUUCCGUCAUGGCUUGAAGACCAAGGGCAUUGACAAGCUCAACUUGGCUCUCCGUCACGUGUCAGACCUGGUGUCAGGUGCCUCGAAGGCCGCCCCAGAGCCAGCCUUCUGGCCCUGCAUCAAGGAGCAGCUGACCUGGCACGAGCAGGAGCGCUUCAGCAUCCUGAGAAAAGUCCACACAGACUUUGGCCGCGGCAGAGCCUGGCUGCGUGCAGCGCUGAACGAGCGUUCCCUGGAGCGUCACCUCCACUCAAUCAUCAACUCAGGCACGCUGAGCCCCUUCUACGAGGACUGGUCCUUCCUGCUGGACCAGGAGCGCAGCCAACUGCUGCCAAAUGUGGCUGCAGGCCUGGGGACAAUAGUCUUCGCAAUAAGAAUCGACAACGAGGACCUCGACGACAGAUCCUGGAGCUCGGACAGGCGCAAUGGAACGUCCCAGAGUGAGCCCAUCAUCUCCUCGUCAGUGAUCAAUCAUCCUGAGGGGUCUGGACGCAGCAAGAGACGAAUUCCAACGCACAUUAUCUCCUUCGACGACGAAAUAGAGUCUGAUAACGACAGUAUCAACAACUGCGUGUCCCUGAGUGCUCCGCCAACCUGUUUAAAUUCCCCAGGACCUGAUAGUCAAUUCUCAGGGACCUCUUCAGGGGGAACUAACCCCGGAGAUGUUGAGGGACCUGGGGAAAAUUAUCAGUCCUCGUCUCCAGGGAAUUUCGAGGGAACCCAUCGUCCUGGGGAUGCCUCCCUGAUUUAUCCACCUGGUGGUGCAGGUGGAGACCACCCCCAAGGCCAGACGAGCCCCCCAGGUGCCUCAGUACCCCCAGAGCCACCAAAAACCUCCAGCUCAUCGACGUCUCCAGGAAAAUCCCAGGAAAUUCGGGAUUCUGGGGCUGUUCCAUCGGUUGGGGGGGCACCUGGAGGCGCCCCUGGAGACCCUCAGGACGACACCAGAGUACUCACCCCACUGACAGACGUGGGGAGCCUCGGGGGACUGCUGCCAGUGUCCCCCCUGGACCAGACCCUCGACGAUUUCGUCUCGUCGAAUUACCUCGAGUCCCUCCAGGAGUCCCUCAAGCCCGAUCUUCUCGAUCCCGAGCCUGCGAUCGAGGCCACUGAACCCCUGGGGCUCGAUCCACAUCUUGAUCCUGGGGAAUUGGACGUCGAGUCCCUCAGGACGAGGCUCCUCGCCAUGGGGGAGGUCCUCGAGAAUUGUCGUGAGGACGCUGUCACCAGUAGAAUGCAACUCGCCAGGCUCCAGAGACAGCAUCAAAAUUAUCUCGAGAGGCACGAGGUCCAGGUGCAGGCCCUCAACAGAGAGAACGAACUACUCAGGCAACAGCUGAGGAAGUACGUGACAGCUGUGCAAAUGCUGAGACGUGACUCGGAUUCCCUUCAGGAGGGCAGCGAGGAGGACGGCGAGAGGGGGCUGGAUUAUCAUUUUGAGGCGCAGCAGUACCAGGAGAAGCUCGUGCAGGUGGCGGAGAUGCAUGCGGAGCUGAUGGAGUUCAAUAAUCGGUUGACCAUGCAGCUGGGGCGCAGGGAGAACCUGCUGAAGAGGCUGCAGGCCGAACUGGAGUGCCUCAGAGGCCCGCUCAAUGAGAGCUACGAGGAGGGGGGUGGGGGAGGGUGUCUCAUUCAUAUUUGGAUUCCCAGUGCAUUCUUGACGGGACAGAAUUCUGAUGUUCAUCAUGUUUAUCAGAUAUACGUGAGGAUCAGAGACGUCGAGUGGAAUAUUUAUCGUCGCUAUGCCCAGUUCCACGCACUCCAUCGCGAUCUGAAGAAACACGACGCGAUAGUAACGACGUUUGAAUUUCCACCGAAGAAGACAAUUGGCAAUAAAGAUGCCAAAUUCGUUGAGGACAGAAGGCAGAAGUUGCAGCAGUGGCUGAGGCGAGUGGUUGGGAGGCUAGCUCAGUGCUCACCAGCAUUUAUCAUGCGGCCCAGCAAGCAGACGCUCAUUUCGCUGAUGCCAUUCUUCGGAGAUCAUCCCAAUGAGGACUCAAAGAAGAGCAACUCCGUGAGGAACAACUUCUCAUCGUCACCCCAGUACAUGGGAUUAUAACUCUAAUCGAAUUUUAGACGAUGGAAAUUGUUGAAAUUUGUAUAUAGAUUAGUUACAAUUUAAUGUAUUGUGUACAUACUCAUUAUUAUUCCCGUUGGGAGUCCAGUUUAGGAUGAUAAAAGAGAAAUAAUAUAUAUUUAUUCAUGCA